AUCGUUGUCACUUAAAACUAUCAACUAUGGAAAUGAAUGUUUUUCUCGCCUAAAGUCACAUUGGUUAUUUAUUUAAUUUCACUUACCACAUCUAGUUAAUCCGUAACAAAAACAAAAAUAUAAAAUCUAUACUUAUUAAAUAAUGUACUUGUGAAAGGAAUUAACGUGUCCUUAUAAUAUACAAUUUAAAUAAUGGCCGGUAGAGGCCGAGGAAGGGGAAGUGGUUUGUCUUUAACCCAAGAACAAUAUCAAACACUUGGAAUUACUCGUGGAGACAACACUCCAACGCCUCUUGCUCCUCCCCCGUUAUUCCCGAAACUCGAAACAAAACCGCUGCCAUUAACAUGUGAUGCCACAACAGAUUAUAUGUUGAUUGUAAAAGAUCAAUUUAUAGAAUAUUUACACGAGACUCCUGCUUAUGUGAAACUUCAAGCACAAAGCGAUGGUAUUGAACGAUAUUCUGAUAAAUAUAAAUUAUUGUCCAUAAAUGCCAAACAAGGUAAAAUUUUGGAUUGCGUGUGGAACCAUAUGCCCACAGAGUUGAGACCUCAAACAGCACGCAUUCGAGUUACUCGUAAAAGAAAACUUGAUGACGCUACGGAUAUUUCCAAGAGGUUGGAAACACUCGAAAACAAGGAAUUGCAAGAAGAAUCUGGUGACACUGCAGUAGUAAGUGAAAAUGAAGAGGUAAGAAAAGAUGGCAUUGAGGAAGAAGAUUUAGAAGAUGAGGAAGAACAGGACUAUGAAGUGGAUGAUGGCACAGAUUAUGCAAACAAUUAUUUUGAUAAUGGUGAGGAAUAUGAUGAAGAAGAUGACAAUCUAGAUGACGGUCCAAUAUACUAAAAUAAUCAAAUGUAUAUAUAUAAUAGGUAGUAUAAAUUAAUUAAUUUGCCUCAGAUUAUGCUGUAUAUAUUUAUGAAAGUGGAA